AAAGGGUUGUUAUAAUGUUGAAUUAACAAGAACAUUAGCUAUUAAGGGUAUAAUAUGAAGACCGUUUUUAUCAUAAUUAUUUAUAGGCAGUAUACUUUCAAAAUUUUGAUUCUGAGAGGCUUGCCUUUUUUCAUCUAAAUUGUUGACCUUUCAAUUUCUUCGGAAUCACAGCCUGUUCCACCAAUUUUUCUUUGGCAAACAGUUUAUACUGCUUUGGUAUUUUCAUAGCCAAGGAUAAGGCCUUGUCGAUGUUUUUUGGAGCAGGAAUAUGAAAAAAGGCGAAUGGUAGAGAUUGCCCUUUGAUACUGGGCCCAUUAAAUGGUUUCUAAUUUUACUAUAUAUUAUCAAGAAAACCAAAAAUUUAUCGUUUUUGAUAUUCUUCAAAAUCAUACUCGAUGCUCGUUUAUCACCAACUAUCUUCGAACUAUUUUCUCUAUUCUUCUGCAGGCAUAAAUUUCAGUUCUGAUGAAGUUAAAACUAAUACUCCCGUGCAUUAGAUUAGAAAAUUCCCUCUAGGAAAGCAAGCCUCUUUAACAGUUGCUUUUUAGAAACAAAACAAAACACUAAAUGCUGCUGCUAUAGCAACAGGUUUUAGACUCAUGCCUGACCCCCUGGGCAUUUGACCCCCUUGACAUUAGCCAGAACAGAGUCAUGUUAUUAUGUAAUAUUUUAUUGAUACAAAAAAUCUCACAGUUUGUUUCUAAAAUCCGCGUAUAGGUGCGUGACUCAAUUUUUCGGUGUUUCUUUUUGAAUCUUUGUUUGUGGAAAAAGUAAAUGCUUGUGUUGAAUUGCAGCUGGCAUAAGCAUUACCUGCCGUGUGGAUUCUCUUGCAUUGGUAUGAAUAUUGAACAAUAGAAACUCAAUUUCAUAAAUGACUAGUUUUUCUGAAUAUUCGAAAAAGAUAGUGAGACCGAUUUAGUCCAUAAUGCUGUCUUCUGUGCAGAUAAUUAAAAAUAAACAUGCUUUAUCAGCAAUUCUCAGGUGAUAAAGCGGUUUUUCAUUGUUUGUAACCAUGUUGAUUAUAACGCUAUACUCAAAGCUCUGCCUGUAUAUUGAUUAACAAUAGGGGUUCCAAGAAGCUCUGCUUUGAGGAGAGAUGAUUUCCAUUGAGAAGGAUGCUUAAAGCAAAUUUUACACCUAGCAAAUGCCUAUGACUUACUUUUGAUUACGUAAAGAAAAUUUCAAAAUCACUGGAUUACUUCACAAAAAAUAUGUCGCAAUAAUAUUACACCUCCCCAAACAUUUUCUCGUCGAAUUUAGACGAAUAACGAAACUGAUCCUGCAGAGAACUAUGGGACGUGCCCCCCCCCCAGUUCUCCCGGUGGCACCACUAUUGUUAUCGCCCUUUUGAUUAUUGUUAUCGCAUUGCUCCGAGUAUAAUCAUUUGGUAUAUUACUAAGCCUCUUUUUAUUCUCGAUUAAAUAGCUCUUAUCUUAUACAUGUAGCUUUGUAUCAGUACCACAGUAGGAAACAUUUCACUACACCAUCGUGCCCCGGUGUCCCCGGAAGUUGAUGAGAAGCGGUAGAUGGGAACAAUAGUCCCUACGAAACAUUUGCUAGAGAAAGAUAAACUAAAGGAACAACACCUACAGGAUAACCGAGAACUUUUCAAGAAGAGGUUUGGUCAUUCAAGAUAAUUUCCCAACAGUUGCCCGGUUCAAAGGCAAAGACACAAUGGGGUGCACAAGUUCAAUGCAGAUAGAUGACACCGCUGGCACGGAAACUGGAUCGAAAACCAUGUUUCCACUAUCAAUGUACCAGAAAUCGUUGAUUCAGGAGACUUGGGAUACAGUUGAAAAGGACUUAUUGAUAUUCGGAACAGGAAUAUUUCACAAGCUUUUCAAAGCAAAGCCAGAGCUAUUGUCAGUUUUUCCUGAAUUCGGUUACCUCGAAAGCAUUGACGAGAUUCUGCAAUUGCCAAGGUUGACGGGCCAUCCAAAGAAAAUCACUCAAGCCAUACGAGAAGCCAUCAAGUCUCUAGACGAUGCUGAAAAUUUCAUGACGAAACUGGAAGCCCUUGGACAAAAACACGUGGAAAACAGCCUUCGACCAGAUUAUCUUCACGCCCUUGGGGAUGCUUUUGUACAACAGGUACAAGAAAUUUUGCGGGAUGAUUGCACGAAAGAUGUGCAGAAAGCGUGGCGUGACUUUUACAAUUUCAUAUGCAAGCUGAUGAAACAGGGCCUUGCCAAGAAACAAAUAGGCAAGGGUAAGGGUAACGUUGGUUGGUUUUAACUGUUAUUACAAGUAAGUGACCUUUACGACUGCUUCUGAUGUAACAGCAAAGUGAACAAAUAUAAUGUGUGCAAGCGGAAUAUUGAUGCUGACAUUUGUGACAAACAUACAAGAAAGCUAGAAAGGAGUAUUGAAUUAUGCAAAGAUAUAGGCCACUUUUCAUUGACGUCAAUCAGUGAUUUUACUUUCUGUAAGUGAUUUUUAUCGUUUUUUGCCAGUUGAUAAGAUCUUUGAUGAAGUUGCAAUCUGAUAAAAUUAUUAUCAUGAUUAAUAUAUAUUAUCGCUCUUACUAAUAAACACAUUGCAUUGGAGUUUAAUCUUUCUGCUAUCUGCAUAAUUAGCUCGUAUCGAAAGAAGUUCUUUUCCCUUCAAUGUUCGCAAAUGUUUAAACAUUUUAUCUAUGGCUUUUGAUAACGCGACGAAAUUGGCAAGCUUCAUUUGCAAGGACUUAAGCGGCAAAAGCUUUAGCAAGGAGUUCAAUGUUUCUGAAAGAUGGAGGCUAAAUAAUUCACUGUUAGACACUAGACAGUAAAAAUAUAAGCUGCUUGAAACAAGUCAUCGGUAGAGUCAUUUCCAGCAAAAGUUGAACAGCUGUCAUUUAGUUAGGCGGGUAUCAUAAUGUAAGCAUAAUGAGGGCCUAAAUUUGAGUCUAACAAACAUCCCUGAUGUCUUCUUUCGAAAACCUGCCAUCAUACCUCAGCCCCCUAAUUAAAGUGUAAGAAAGGAUGCUUAAAAAUAUGUGACAAAUAAAGUAGAAAUACGAACAUUCAUUGGAAGCCAGAUUGCGAAGCUUGUUGCUCACACCGAAUAACUUUGGUGCGCAGUUGAAGAUUUGAAUGCGCACUUCUUACUUGUUGAUGGUUUUCAAAAAGCAAAUUUAAAUGCACAUUUAAAGAAUGUUAACUGGGAUGAUAGAUAAGGGGAAAUAUUUAGUUUUAAUUUUAAGAGUUAAUUAAUACUUAAACAUCGUGGGAUCGUUUGUGUGUAGUCUCAGAACUGUUAAAAGUAGAUAAAAGUGGACAACAGAAGCUGACAAAGCUGCUGUUUUUGAUGUGACUCACUUUGCCAAUAUUAUGUAGCAUAUAAGCAUUCGUUUGUAAAUAGAUUUUAAUCAGCACUGGUUUAUUGGUAUGGCUUGUAGAUCCUGUAACUGACGUAAUAAUACAAUCGUGUAUUGGAAUAUUUGUCUAUAAGCACGUAGUGGAUAUAUUCAAAGUAUCUACCUGAAUCAUCUCCAAUUCGGUUACGACAAUUUCGUUACGACAGUUUCGAUACGUGAACCUUCAAAGAUUACGACUGGAUUCAAUCAGAGGCGCAAACUAGAUAAUUUUCUGAGGGAUCCAGGAACAUACCUACUCCUCAAAAAAAUUCUAAGAAGAUAAACGAAAUUAAAAUGUAAGAAAAUAAGUUUGCGGGAGGGCCAAGAGAUCCUGCCAUGGGAAUUAUUCUAGUUUGGUACUGCGGUGAUCAUUUGGUACUGAGGAAGGAAAGCUUAGGACACCAGAUAAGAUAAUAUAAUACCAUUGUUUUGCUAUACUUUUUCUUUUGGAGCAACUAAAAGAUUGAGUCAUGCAUCUACCAAGAACAACAGUGCAAGUCUUUUGGUGUGAAGGACACAGAUCAAAGACGCACCAAAAAAGUCUGUACUAGGGGUUUUAUUGAUCCUUAAAAUAUCAUGAAGAAAUAAAAGCAAUUUUCUCCGGUUUAUCUCCAAGAGUGCGAUCCAACGAAUAAACUACAACAAACUUCAAUAGGAAUAUAUCCAACAGCAUCAUGGAUUGAAAACAGCAAGCGGGGAACAUAUGCUAAGUCAAAUAUUUAAAGCAACAAGUCAAAUAAAAAGCAAGCACAAAACGAAAACAACACUACUUGUGGGUAAAUGCCAAAAACUCACCAUCAGUGAUUUUUUCAUAAACUGAAACAUGCAUUUGAACGCAAAAAGGAAAACAUGAGUCGGAUUCAUGGUAUGACAGUAUCAGUCAUCCCUAAAAAAAAAGUAAAAAUAAGUCGGAUUUAUGGCCUGGUUUAAGUAGUUGUGUUAAAUAGGUGGUAUAAACGCAUGGUCACUUAGAUAAAAAAUAUCUUAUAUAAUAGAAUAUAUAAUGAAUUGUUAUGUCCAUUCUGUAACAUAGAAAUAGGACAGCAUACUGUUAAGGAAGAUACAUAAACAAGAACUUAUAAAGGAAAGUAAUGGAAAAAAUAUCUGUAAGAGUUGUGGUAUGUUAUAUGGAUACGGUUACGAAAUGGAAUACAUUGAUUUUCUUAUAAAUAAAUAUUGGAUGAAAAAGAAAUCUAUUUAUCACAGGAACUAACGUUUGUAUAACAAAAUCGAUCUUUUGAUUAAUGAAAAUGGGUAUCGAGUCUCGUUUAUUAAUGGAGAAAAAGUAAUUAAAAUUUUCGAUGAGAUUAAUCGGAUAUUGCCACUUAUUAAUGAAAAUAGAAAGAGAAUGAUUAACAUAGAUUUUAUUUUCAAGAAGAUUUUUAAAAGUUGAAAAUAUAUGUUGAAAAUAUUCCUAUAUAAAAAUCUAAAAAAACAAUAGAGAAUUAUUAAAAUUAUUGGAAUAAAAUUAUAUCAUUGAUAGGAGAUACAAUCGAGUCAAUAGUAAACAAAUGAUAUGUUUUAAUACUUAUCAUCAUCAUCAGUACCCUGGGUACCAGUGAGUCUGGUACCCAGGGUACAUCAUCAGGUACUAUCUUCUAUCAGAAGGUUGGCUACCAUGACCCUCCAACUAUCCCAAAAUCUGAGUUUUGGUUUGUUGUCAUGGUCAUAGAUAAAACCAAGGGGCUAAUCGUAGAAAUGGGCCCCCAGAACCACCUCUACAGUGUUGUUAAUACUUAUUACUGUUAAAUAUACUCCAACAAAAGCCAGUAAUAUGGCCAGGAAGAGGUGAUUUCUUAAAGCAUUCAGGAGAAUUCUUCGUAUCAUAACAAUAGCCCGGCCUUUUUUAUAUUUGGUAUAAAAACGACCAUAGAUAUCAUAAAUCGCGCUAUGUACAUGACAACAUUUAAAUUUUCCAAAAACGUUUUUCUAAUACAUGUGUGAGGCAACCAUUGCCAGAACCAAUCAAACCGAUUUCUCCAUCUUAUUCUCGAAGUAUUUCAUCUACUGAUAUAGUCUCUUUGAAUUCGUGAAAAUAUAGCAUUUGAUAUAUCAUUGCACACUUUAGUAUUUGAUCAACAACAUCCUCAUUUAAGCUCUUAACAUAGCGGAAUGUUGUAGUUAUUACAAUGUCAUAUUUAGCGUUUUGUGGCUGACCAUAUUCCACAACUGUCUAUUUCCUUCACCAUUCCACUAACGUUUAUAUCCUGAAUUGUGUAAGACGAGGAAGCUCUACGUGUAAAAAGUUGUUAUCAAAUAUCUAAAAAUAGUAAACAGUAUUCAAAAGUUUUAAACCAAGUCCGUUCUCCUUGGAGCAAAAUCCACGAGAAGCAUUUCAGAAUCCAGUUUUUCUAGGAUUGGAUUGCUUUAGCAUUUUAGUUUCUAUUUUAUCGAGAAUGUCUCAAGAAUGUGAAGGCCUUUU